AUGCAGCAAGAAAAAGCCAGCGACGAGGGUGAGUGCCCUAUCCAAACCUCCAUCACAGACGUCCAAGCAAUCCUCCAACGGGGCAAAGAUCAAGCCGAAUUUAACGACUCUCUUGUCAGCAAGGACAAAUAUUUCCGCUUCAAAACCAGCAUCGAGCCCGCCCUACCCAUCUGCCCCGCCGACUCUACCUGUACUAAUCUGGGGAAAGAGCUCGGGAUCACGAAGAACAAGAGGUCUUUUGAAAUAUUCGUAGAAAGGGGUCUACACCGGACCAUGAUUGAUGAUCUGUACGGUCACGGUUACAUGACUUGCCAAAGUCACUCGGACUGGACUCCUGCCGUCGGAGAAGAGUCACUGUCCUACCAGAAGGCUGUGAAGAGCCCCCCGGCUCGUCAGAAGCGUAUGGUCAUCAACGACGAUGCCUAG